ACCGGUGAGGUUAUUGCAAAAUAUUUUUUAAUAUCUUAUCAGUUUUUUUAAGCCCAAAAUUUUAAAUCAGAUUAAAAUUUUCUUUUUUAGUUCCAAUUAGUUUUUGUUUUAUUCAAAUAAUGUAUCUAAUUUCUAGAUCUUUAAAUAAACGAGCAAUAUUCGGUGCUAGUUCUUCGAUUUCUCGAAUCUACAAGACGCCAUUUCCAAUAGAAAACGAAGGAAAAAAAGAAGAAACCAAUAAAGCAAUGUGGAACAACAAUCAUCAGAAUAACAACCGGGGAGGUCCUUGGGCUAAUAAUGGCAACAACAAAAACAUGUAUGAUAACGUUCUUCCAAUGGCAAAUUUUCCUUUUUUCUCGAAUAAUUUAAACACAAAUCCUCCUCCCCCACCGCCUUUGGUGGUGACUUGUGGUGAACUUCGUCCUGUUCACGAAGGGAAGUAUGUCGAGAUGACUGGGAAGUUUAUCAAAAAGCGAAUUGGGCGUUUUGCUGAGCUAAGAGAUCGAAAUGGAGCUACACAAUUGGUUAUUUCAGAUGACAGGAACCCUCGAAUAUCCCGGCGCUUCUUAAACAUGCCACCUGAAUGUAUUCUUACAAUUGUUGGAACAGUUCUGACAAGACCAUUUAAUUCUCGAAACAUAACAAUGCCAACCGGUGAAAUCGAAGUAGAAGUUGAAGACAUUCUAAAUUUAGCUCGAGUUCCUGGUCGUCGGGGAGCUGAAAAACGAUCCUACAGUACAAUGGCUGAAAAUAAAAAUUGUAUUACAAGUACAGAAUAUAAAAUAGCAGGAAAAAGUGAAAAUAUCUUAAAAUAUUUUGAAAAUCGUGAAUUUACUUGCAAUGAUUUGCGGAAAAAUCAUUCAGGAAAAAAUGUUUCCCUAGUUGGUUGGGUUACAAGUACAACUAAGACGAAAUUUCAGCAUUUAAAAGACGGUUAUGGACAGACUCAAGUUAUUAUUGAAGAUAAGAAUUUGUUGGAUGUCUUUACAUCUGCUACACCAACUGAUAUUAUACAAGUUAAGGGAAUAGUUUUAGCUAGGCCUAAGACAAACGUUAACAUGAAAUUUGAAACCGGUGACGUCGAGGUGAAAGUGGAAUCAGUAAAAAUUCUCAGUCCCGAUGAACCAUACGAAGGACCCGUUAAAGAAAAACUACAAAAGAAACCCAUCGGUGGAAGUAUUGAUGGCAAUACCGAUGCCAAUGGUUCUAAUAAAACAUCAUCUGAUCGAGCUUCAGGAAUUGCCGAUACAAACAAAUUUACAACACGAACACACAACUGUGGUGAAUUGAGCGGGGCAAAUGUUGCGGAAAAAGUCAACAUAGCUGGUUGGUUGGAAUUUCAACGGAUGGGCAAAUUUCUGGUGCUACGCGAUGGUUAUGGUCAAACACAAGUUUUACUCUCUGACAAAUGUAAUCUAUCGGAAAAAUAUCCAAAUGGAAUUCCUCUGGAAUCGAUUGUUCGCGUAGAAGGAACUGUGAUCCCAAGACCGUCGAAUAUGCUCAAUCCGGCUAUGAAAACAGGUGAAAUUGAAAUCGAAGCAACAGAUGUUGAGGUAUUAAAUCCAUCGAAGAAGAAUCUGCCUUUCGAAGUACGUGGUCAUCAGAGGGCGAAUGAAGGGUUGCGCAUGACACACCGGUAUCUUGAUUUAAGAUUUUCUGAUAUGCAAAAGAAUUUACGUCUUCGAUCAUCGAUUCUUAUGAAAAUGCGUGAAUUCCUCAUCAACUAUUUGGGUUUUGUGGAAGUUGAGACACCGACUCUCUUCCGGAGAACUCCCGGAGGAGCCCAGGAGUUUGUUGUGCCCACUCGAAAGCCAGGACACUUCUAUUCGUUGGUGCAGAGUCCACAGCAAUUCAAGCAGAUGCUCAUGGCCGGUGCAAUAGAUCGAUACUUCCAAGUGGCCCGUUGCUAUCGUGAUGAAGCCACCCGACCCGAUCGUCAACCCGAAUUCACCCAGUUGGAUAUAGAAAUGUCAUUUACCACCCGUCAAGAUGUUAUGUCGAUGAUUGAGGAGACUUUGAAAUUCUGUUGGCCUAAAGAACGUGGCACUAUUGAGACACCAUUCCAGGUUAUUUCUUAUGAUGAAGCUAUGUCGAAGUAUGGCUGUGAUAAGCCUGAUGUUCGAUUUGAUCUUUUGUUAAACGACAUCACAGAUAUCUCAGAAGUGAAUGAGAAUGUGAAGAAUAAAUUCAAUAAUCUCGGGGUGUGUUUGAUUUAUGUUGACAAAUCCAUUUCAUUACUUGACGCCCCAACUAGAAAGCAUUUAGAACAAAUUGGCAAUGAUUUUAAUGGAACAUUCUAUUUUAGGAAAUUCAAUGGCAGCACAGAUGCACUUGAGAGACUGGCGAAAUAUUUGGGUCCAAAUGGAGCAAAGGAGGUGGUUGAUAAGUUUGAAAUCGAUACUGACGAUUUAGUUUUUCUGGGAAUUGGCGAUAAAGUUGAAACACAAACUUUGAUGGGUCGUCUUCGCCUUGAUUACGCUGACUUGCUGGAAGACAACGAUUAUCUACCGAAACGUAAGAAGCAAAAUAAAUUCCUUUGGGUUGUCGAUUUCCCGAUGUUUUUCAAGACCCCCGAAGGCGAAUACGAAAGUGCCCAUCAUCCAUUCACAGCUCCCCGCGACGAAGAUCUGGAAAAGCUGAAAAAUAAAGAAAAUCUCGAAGACAUCAAAUCUCAAGCUUACGACUUGGUACUCAAUGGCAAUGAAGUUGGUGGCGGAUCAAUUCGUAUCCACAACAAAGACUUGCAAAUAUUUGUUUUAGAAGAAGUUUUAAAAAUUCCACACGAACACCUGCAUCACCUAUUAAGUGCCCUCGAAAGUGGUUGCCCACCACACGGUGGUAUUGCAUUGGGUAUCGAUAGACUUAUGGCAAUUAUAUGUCAAGCAAGAUCCAUACGUGAUGUUAUUGCCUUUCCAAAAUCUCUCAAUGGAAAAGAUCCAUUGUCUAAGGCGCCUGUACCGAUUUCUGAUGAAGAAAAGAAAUUGUAUCAUUUAGUUAUUGAUAGUAGUAGUAAUAGUUCGAGUGCAGUACAAAAAGAAGAAGAACUCGAACAAAUGGAAGAAGAAGUAGAAGACUUAAAUAAAAAAUCUGAAAGUAAGAAAGGUAUCGAGAACAUUGAAGAAAUUAUAGCAGCUAACGCAGUUAAAGGAGAACAAACAAUGAAAGAUGAACUUCAAGCAACAGAGACACGAGCUCAAAAGAAGAAAAAAGUUGAAGAUACCAAACAUAACCUGAGAAAAAGCAUUUUAAAAAAAUAAACAAAGAUUAAACCACGACGUUACAUUUUUACAUAUAUUUAUUUAUUAAACAAAACAAAAAAAAAUAAUGCAUAGCAAUAAGUUACAUAGAAAUUGUAUUUUUAAACUAAAAUUAUUAUGUAAUGUGUUUUCUUCCUGUUUAGAAUUUUCAUGUUUUAUCUAAAGUACUUGCUUUUAAUAACGGAAGAUAUAUACAUUUACGUAUUUUCUUUAAAAUUUAUGAUAUAUGAUAUUUUAAAAUUGUUUUAGAAGUGAAUUUCUUUGUUGUAUUAUUAUUAUUAUUAUUAUUAUUAUUGGAAGCUAAA